AGAAGGAUGAGGCAUCGUUUUGCAGCUAACCUACAUUGAAGAGAUUUUAGUGGAGGACAAACGGAAAACAGUGAAUGACGAGCAAGACGAAGAUAACUCGAGUUUGCUUUUUAGGAAAAACUUGAAAUACUGUCUGGUUCGCACUCACCGCAUUUUGCUCGUGGACAUCUUUAAAGAACUUGCCAAAGAGCUCGUCAAGAGCACAAGGUAUGUUCAUUACAUUAAAAUUUCCAUCGACCUGCUUGUAUUUCGUGUUUUUCACAGUGUUCGACGAUUUGUCGGCGGCGAUGAAAUCAUCUAGUUCUCGACUCGAGUUGUCUUCAUCGAGCUUGUCUUUCUCCAUUCGUCGCCUGUCUUCCUCCGGAAUCUCUAAGAAACCAGCUCGAAAGUCUGGGAUAUCUGCAUCUGAGUUUUUUGUUGUUUUUUCAUCGUUUGUGUACUUUUCCUUUAAAUAUGUUUCAAGUUUUUCUUCAAGAGACAUUUUGGCGAUCAAACCAUGCUUUUGGAGUAAGCGAGCCGUCAGUGAUAAAACGGCCUGCCAAAGAGACCAAUCACGAUAGCGCACGUACUAACUAAGAGAUAUAGUAAUAAUAGUACUUAAUACCUUUGAUUUGCGUGCAGGAGCUGCAGUUGAUUUUCCCUUACCUGGAGGCAUCAGAUAGUGGCAAUAUCUUUGGAUGUAUGGGGAAGAAAGCUAUUGCACCCACGUUAUUGCAUAUUACAGUGUAAUGAACAUUGCCUAAGACACGCUUUUCGAGAAGAAAAAUUUUUCGGACAAAGCAGCUAAAUUUUUUUUUAUGACUCACUUUUGUAGUAAUGAAAUAGACCACGACGAAUUGAGCGGGUUUGACUGAUGCACUCGCCGUUAAAUAGAAAUACAAAGAUACUUUGGGUUCUUGUAAAUGACUCUUCUAUUAACUAUGUUUUAUGCUUUAUCAUGAUAUUUACCAAGUGGUAAUCUCUCAAACGGAGCUAAAAUGAAAAAUGAAUGUACUAAGUACCGAGAAGAGAGAGUUUGAGAGGAGUAUCCUGAGAUGACGAGAGACUGGGACGAGACAAGUUGCUUGGUGUGCGUGGUCUCGACCCAGUCCCAUCCCAUUCACAUGUCAAUUUUCAAUUUCCUCUCCUCUCACAUUUGUAGGGCUGCAGCAGGACAAUCAGAUCACAAGUAGUCUAUUGCGAAGAAAACGAUUCCUCCCCCGUCGUCAAACUAUCAGGUAAGAACGUUUCACGUAACGUUGAAUGACAACGUUACAGUCCUGUUACUUAAAAAACAGAAAAAAAAACCAGCCAAAAGAAAGUUAACAGGACAUAAUCAAAGUGUUCCUUUAAGACUGUCACAACUAUCACAACUUAUAAACAAUUUCAGCUUAUGGCGUCAAACGAUACAAAUAACUAACAGCGGUUUCAAUAACUACUGGUUGCCGGCAGCCUACUGCCAUGCGCCUAUAAAACCUUUUACUAACGUCUGAUUAUCCUGCAACCGAGCUCUUCAGUUUGGUUUGUCUUACAGCCCCUUCUCAGGGCAUAGCUGGUUUUUACAUCAUCGACAGCCGCUUAAGGAAAAAACACGUUGACACCCAUGAAUGCCAAUUCCAUCGAUCAUGUAGUUAGUCCAAGUAGGGAAAACUAGUGUUAGAGGAAAGAUUUGUUAUUUUGAGGUUUCGAAUCUUUCAAGCUAAUUGCUUAAACUGCUGCGGACAUUUCCCUUCGCUGAUCAUUUUUCUUUGCAGUAUACCGUUGAUAAGUUAUCAAUCCUCCGGCUAUUCUGUACGAGUUCAGAAUAUAGUAUUAUUUUUCUCUGUCUAGAAUCACGCGGUGUCAUAUAUGUUGAUUAAGUUGUUUAUUGCUAAAAAAGGUGCACUAUUUCCAGCGACAUAUUUACGAAUUCCGGCUCAUUUUGGACAGGCCUAACAUUUUUGUCAAUUAGACUACAAUGAUAAGUAACCCAAAACUUGUACUGUGCAUUAAAAGUUAUUAAGCUUGUUAGUUCGGUCGAACUGUCUUAACUAUUAAUUCUCAAUCGAAGCAAACUAAAAAGGAAAGGUUUAACUGACAAACAAUGUUUACAUCAGAAAAUUCUUUCCGCUCCCGUCUUCGCAAUGAGGUUUACGAACUGUUUGCUACUAAAUCAUAGCAUAUCGAACGGCAUAAAUACUUGGUUCUGCUCUUGUCUACGCUUGACGACUAAAAACAAUCAUAGAAAAGCCCCCGAGUAACAACGGCAACCAGAUGAAACCCUUUUUUUUACCGAAACUCCUAAAUGGAGUCGUUAAUGACAAAGAUUCUUAUACUAAUUCGUUCCUCUUCUAAAUUUAUGUGCAUAAAUGACGAAGUUAAUAACUAGGUUAGUUGUUUUCGGCUUCAGAAGCUUUUCAAAAAUAACAAUUCUACAUUUAAAAGAUUUAUCACAGGGAUUAACAAGACAACUUGUUUGGUACCUCGGUCUCUCAGGGACUCGUUUGAUUGUGAUUCAAAUUGAAGUGUAACUUUGACAAAGCGGCAGUGUUUUCAGUGUAGCGCUAUAUUGGUGAUUACUUUUUAUUUAUUAGUCUGUAAUGCAUACUAACGGCUCCUUUUGAAAUAGCAGAUAGGCAGAUUGCAAAUCAUGAGGAAGUUUAGCUUAAAGUUUAAAGAAAACAUGACAAAAAAACAAAACAUGACAACAUUCUAUUUCACAGCAAGGAGCUUUCUCGAAUCAAAGUGUGAACUAAUUGAAACUCGAGUGUUUUUAUAGGAACCUUAAAAUAACAGAAAAUUUGAGGAUAAAGAACUUUAUUUCCGAAGAAUUCCUUUCAAGAGAUUUGAGUUUCCUCGUGCAAUUCCACUUGUGAUAAAGACAUUAUAGCGAUGUGUUAUGAUGCUAUGUAGGUGUAAAGCACACCGCAUAAAUGUAUCAUUAACAUGCAAUUGCUGUAUACCUCACCUGUUAAUGGGAAUUUUCCGCCCUUCUCAGUGGUCUUUAAGGAUUUGCGGUUAACGAUUUUGUUUCAGAUAGCAAUCAAUUCUAAAUCCAGGGAUAAGCUGUAGUGUGUGAUGUGGCUUAGAAUAUCUUGACAACAAGUUUGUAUAGGAAGUCUUCGAAUAUUUAGGGGUAAAUUAAGUUCAUUUUUAGUCGGAACUGAUUUUAUUCCAUGCUGUUAGAAAACUAUACAAAUUCAGAACAUCGUCCCCAAGUGCGGCUCAUCUCUGUAAUAUAUGGCCCAUAAAAGCUGUCAAAGCAAACUUGAAGUUCCUAUACAUAUCCUAAAGGCAUUACCAUUAGUCUGUAAUAACGGGCUAGACCAGUAAGUUAAAAAGUAGGCCUCUUUUUCUUAACUCUGAUAUCAGUUCCUCUAAGAAAGGAAAAUGUCAUUUAGAAAACCGACUAAUUUAGUCGAAUUACAAAUUUCAUGGACGGUAAUAUUGUUCAGGAUGGAUUUCUGUGGUCAACCUGAUAUGUUCGAAUGGUAUGUCCUCAGUUGAAUACACCAAACAGACCCUAUUCGACGGUUCUUAGAAGCUUCAGAGAGCACAAAGUUUAUACUAGCUAUACGACUUGACCUAUUCUUUAAGAUGUUUAUAGUUUGCAGGAUGUUGUACUCGUAUGCAAAGAAGGCAGAAUUAGGGCAAAUGUGGCGAAACUGUAAAUAAUAUAUACAGACAGUAGAGUUAGCGAUCGUUCUUAGUCUAAUACGUGGGAAGGAAAAAAUAUGGAGGGGACUUAAAACAUCAUGAAAUAUUUAUUUAGAUAAAUCGUGAAAUAGUCAAGUUAACUAAUUUUUAAGGGAAACACUUCACAUUUUUUCAAUUUGCUCUAACAGACACUCUGACUCUGAAAAAGUUCUCUUUCUUUUCAGAAAUUCCUGGUUUAAAACGUGAUAACUAGGGCGCAAAGUAUUUUUUUUUCUCUCAAAAGAGCAAGUAAAAUUGACAUGAUUCGACCUUCGCUUUCUCUUUUGUGUUCUUCAGUAUAUUAAGUCUCUUUUUUGGCUCUAUGUACAGUUAAGUUUACGCGCGGAGGAUUCACAAAAGACGAUGUACAUAAGGUGAAACACUAUUCCUCCUCAAUUGUCCUUUGCGACAAAAACACCUGAUAAAACUAUUCAUAAACUUCCUUUGUUUUCGCUUGGCCUUGGAGUCCCUUGCUGUGUAAACAAAAGCUACGAUGAUAGCAUUAGGCUAUUGUUUUGAAAAGUCUUUUUGAAAUAAUUCACAUUUAAUUUUCAGACAACUGGAAAUCCUUCGCAAGGCAUUCAUGGCGCAAGCGUUUCGUAAAAUUGUAUUUUUUGUUUUUAAUCUGUUAAAGUAUUGUUUAUCGCAUGAAGAAAAAAAUUUGCUAGUUUAUCGUCAAAACACCGCAGUAAUAUGUUCCUUAGCUGACAAUAAAUCGCAUUACAGAGGAAAUCGUCAAAAAGCUAAUUGAGGUAAGAUUUUCACAAAUAUUUCAAAUAAUUUUAUCGAGCAAUCUUAAAAUUAAUUUUUGUCCAUUGAGAAAUUCUUGUUUGUCUUUUUUAAUGAGUUCUGGAUCCACUUAGGAAAUCGUGAGAGUACCAUUGAAGGUACAAUCACUUCACCGAAUUGGAAAUUGAGGGCGUCUUGCAAUUUUUUUGUGCUCACUCAAAUUCCCCAUGACUUCGCGAUGGGUAUUGGCCAUUUCUUAAUUUUAUUCAAAACAGUGUUCAUUGGAAAUUUCACUCGGGCUGGUGACAUUACUGUGUUGUUCAGAACGAAGCCAUUGAUACGCGGACUACCUCUAACUAGAGUGAAACCUUUAUUUUGCGUUGACUCCAAGUGAAAAUGUGAAGCGAAGUUUCCAAACGCGCCAAAAGGUGAGUUCAAAAUUAGAAUUUUUUUUCCACGAAUCUCGGAGGAUUCAAUUUGAAUUGCAGUUGAAAUUGAAAUUCGCCAGUGUUAAAUAAUUAACGAUUAUUGUUUUCUUCACGUAGCAAUUUUUCUGCGUAUAUAUUGCUGAUAAGGGCAGAUUUAUCGCCUGUACUUCUCAAAACAAUUUGACUUUCGAAGCCGUGCGCAAUGAUCGAUGUGAUUGAAAUAUUGCGUCUGUUGUUUUAUUCCCGCUAAUGAAACAGAUUGUAUGUUUAGCCGAGGGCAAUAUUCGCAAUUCAUCACUUUUGUAGACGAUUUUACAACUCUUCGCCGGCUUACACCAGUACAUUUACUAUUACAUGAAUCGAAAAAUAAAUCUGCGGUGUAUGUUUUGGUUAGUUUUGAGACAAGGGCUUUUCUUCAGCUUUGAUUUCCAGUUAUCUCAGCUGAGCAUAAAGGAAUUACUCCCACAUGUUUAGUUUCCCUGCACGUUAUCAGAAUUUUGCUUCCUUGAUUUAAAACAGUAGAAAAAACAAUAUUUAACAUCAAGUGUUAAAAAAAAUACCUUUUAACCGAAUUAGGGGAAUAUUUUGUUAAGGCAAGCAGAAUUUUAACUUCACGCUUUAGAUUUAAAUAAACAAAGUUGAAUCAAUAUCCGAGUUGAGUACGGGAGGCGGUGCUUAGAACAAACGAUUUCUCGUAUUUUUUCUCCAGGUUUCGCACUUCUUGUAGAAUUUAAAUGUGCUUUCGAAUCAUUUUUACAUAAUUCUAUUUCGAAACACUCCACAUACGUCGAGCUUUAUUUUGGUCUCUAAACCUCCAUCUCCCUUGAAAGGCAGGUGCACAAAUAUCUUAGUGACUAUCAACAGUGAUCAACCUACGAAUUCUCUGCACAGUUACAAUCAUUUCAACGCAUCACAUGGGAGGCAAACAACAUAUAUAAAAAAAAAUUCGCCAUUAUUACCAUCACAGUAGGAUACUGGAUAGGUCAAAGCGUCUGGAUGCGUAGUGCCUGUUCAACGCUUAAGAGAGUCUGAGCCAGCGACGAGAAACACUUUGGUUAAUCUUUUAAAUUUAGCAUUAAAUAACAGAGAUAGAUCGUAAAUAUUGAAGUCAAUUUAAGAAGCCUGGUUGAUCGGAUUAUGUAGCAUCGCAAACUUGACUUCUUGAGGGUACGUCUUCCAAGACUAGUUGGUAGUUGGUAGAAUUAUAAGGUAAAUAUUUAUGUGUGGCGCCAGUUUUUUUUCCGCUCUAUUUCCGUGCUUUUUUAUUCCGAAAAUAAAUAAUUAACCGCAUUUUAUCAAUCUUAUCUACAUUUAAAUGAAAAAUAUAAUGUAAUAAUUUGCAGAUCUGAAAAAUGAUCCACGGUUUGGUUUUCAAAAUGGCCGCCCUUCUUCACUUCAAAAAUGAAGUGAGGGAGACAAUUGGUGGGCGAGAUUUAUUUUGAAGAAGAUAACCUCGAUUUUCACAUUUUCUAUGCAAAUCAAAGACCUCACACUUAUCUUUUUUAAAAGCAGAGGUUUUAUGCAUCUUGAUCUGAAAACGCCCAGAAUCUUUUUGUCUGAAAAUCUCUUCGUUAUUUUAACAUCUCUAGUUUGUAUCAGAAGGCAGACGAUAAGAUCCAAAUGGAAAAAAAGGUCAGUCCCAGGUCUCAGUCUACUGGAAAGCUUUGUAAGGAAAGAUAGUAGAGAUACGUAUUUGUCGCAAUUGAGUUGUCAUAUACAAGGAGAGUUUGGCUCCUUUCAUGAGAGUACGACCUUGGUGUAAUUUUUACCUUAGUCCUUGAAUCCAUAUUUAGCUUUUGGCACCAAACUUUGAUACCAGUUGUCACAUUGAAUCAUACACGCUGUAGACCUAUUGGAUUGGUGUUAAGGUGAACAGCUGACUGAAGUUCAAAGGCUCUGCUCUUAUCUCGAGAAAAGCAAACUGAUACAACAGAUAUCUAUUAACCACCUGUCUUAUUUGAAGCAAACAUGGCGGAGGACUGAAACUCUUCGUUCAAUUUGAACAGUCACGAUGAGGAAAAAUCAUUUUCACCAAUUUUCUUUCAGAAGACUCCGCUCACUGACGUGUGCGUUGACAAAAUCAAAUGGAUUAUUUUGAAGUACAUUAAUGAAAAAAAUUUUGACUCUUAUUUACAAAUUAUUACUGAAGAACAGGUAUUCAUUUAUUUUUCUGUUCCAAACUUUAAGUCUUAAAUUUAAGGAAUAUAAGGAAAUUCAUUUGAAUCAGCUCUCGCUUAUUUCAAUUAAACUUGUAUUUGCAUUUGCAAAGGUUUUCUCAACAUAGACUGCAGAUGGCAAAUUUUGAAAAUACAAAAAUGAAUAAUUCAUGUAUAACAACUACAGUUUUCAAAAUGUGCAAACCAUAAGUCUCUUAGCUGUAAGUCUAGCUGUUGUCAUUUAUUGGUCUCAUUGAGUGGAAUACAAAUCGCGUGUAUUUUCCCGUUAGCAGGAGCUUUUGGGAAGAGAAUUGGCAGAGGUAUCGGUAAAUAGCGGAAAGUUUUGCUGAAGUGCACUGACCAAGGAAAAUGAGAGAAACACUUUCCUUUUUCAUUCUUGCAUUUAGCUAAAAUAGUUUUUCAUCGUUCUUAUUUUUAUUCAAACAGAACAUCGACAGCUAUGAAUAAAGAUAUAUUUUUAAUUAGUGACAGGCUUAUUCAGAGAACGAAUUAUCUAACAUCUCUCAACGGGA